AGAAUUCGUUUUGUCCGAUGUUGAAGAUACUACACCAGUGCGCGGUUGCUUUCAAUAUGCUAGCUGCACUAAUUGGUUUCAUCAAACAAUGUCUUCUUCUAGUUGUUUCAGCGACCUUUGAUCAGUAUCCUAUCAUCAGCAGGCACGUAAUCAAAAACCCACCUUCGAUUAGUUAACUCUCCUUAAUUAUUUCUCGAAUGAAUAUUCAUAGCCUGCUACUAAAGACAAUGAAGAAUGUUAGUGUAUCAUCUGCGCAUAACGGGGAUUAUUCCUAUGUCCACCUAAAACAAAACUCCAAAAACGGUUGCCCUUUAUACUUGAAACACCCAUCAUGGUAGUCCAAAAUUUCCAAAAAAAAUAAAAAAGAAAAGAAAAUUCUAUCUUUCUUCCUCUCUAUACCACUACUCUUUCUUUAUGAGCCUGCAGGUCUAUAAUCGGACACAUUCCCUCCUGGUAGCUCUUGCUCCAGAUGCCGCAUCACCUGGAUGGCUCAGCAAAGGAGACAAUUCAUGGCAACUAACAGCAACGACCUUUGUUGGCCUGCAAAGCGUUCCAGGGCUAGUUAUCCUCUAUGGGAGUAUGGUCAAGAAGAAAUGGGCUGUCAACUCAGCUUUCAUGGCUCUCUACUCCUUUGCCGUGGUUUUACUUUGCUGGGUUUUGUGGGCCCAUCAAAUGUCUUUUGGAACCUAUUUUGGCCCACUGGUGGGAAAGCCCGUUAACUCACUGCAAAACGUGUUUCUUCUAAGACAAAUGGAAACUACUACUCAUUUGCCAAACGCUGACUAUGUGUUUUACCAAUUUGCUUUUGCUGCCAUUACUGUGAUUUUGCUCGCUGGAUCAUUGCUUGGGAGGAUGAACUUCUAUGCUUGGAUGAUGUUUGUUCCUUUGUGGUUGACGUUAUCUUAUAGCGUUGGGGCAUUCACUAUAUGGGGAACAGGAUUUCUUCAUCACAAAAUUAUUGAUUAUGCGGGUGGUUAUGUCAUCCAUCUUUCAUCUGGGGUGGCUGGUUUUACUGCUGCAUAUUGGGUAGGACCUAGACAUUCGCAUGAUAGGCAACACUUUCCACCCAACAACAUAAUUCAAAUUUUGGGAGGUGCAGGAUUUCUGUGGAUCGGAUGGACUGGUUUCAAUGGAGGAUCUCCAUUAAACGCAGGCCUGAUCACAUCUCUAGCCAUAAUAAACACCCAUAUCUGCACUGCCACUAGCCUCUUGGUCUGGCUUGCUUUAGACAUGGUUGUAUACAAGAAAAGCUCAGUUAUCGGUGCAGUCCAGGGGAUGAUCACAGGUCUUGUUUGCAUCACUCCUGGUGCAGGUCUUGUGGAUCCAUGGGCGGCAGUCCUAAUGGGGAUGAUGUCCGGAUCAAUUCCAUGGUACACAAUGAUGGUUUUGCACAGAAAAUACGCAUUCUUCCAAAGCGUGGACGAUACAUUAGGUGUCUUCCAUACACAUGCGGUGGCGGGGCUUUUAGGGGGCCUCCUCUCUGGUCUCUUUGCCAGACCGAAGCUUCUCAAGAUGAUGUAUCGUUUAGACUGUUAUGGUCCAGGCUUACUCCACAGUAAGGGAGAGCUCCACCGUGGACUCAGACAAAUGGGGUAUCAGAUUCUAGGAGCAAUUUUUAUCACUGCAUGGAAUGUUGCUGUUACUAGCAUCAUUUGCCUAUUUAUAGGCCGCAUUGUUAGUUUAAGGAUGGAUGAAGAGGACCUUGAGGUAGGGGAUGACGCAGUGCAUGGAGAGGAAGCUUAUGCGCUGUGGGGAGAUGGUGAAAGGAUGCCAAAACCUCGCCGUCUGCGUAUACCUCCUAUCCGUCUUCGUCUGGUUUCAACUCCUAUAUGAACUAUAAUAAGUUUGAGAAGGCUGCAAUACUCUCGACUGCAGCUUUUGUUUGAUGCUGCUCAAUAGCCAUUUACGAUCUAUAAAUGUUCAUAUCGCGCACUUGGGAAAGAGAAAAUACUCUGCCUGAUUGUUGUGAUUUGUGCAUAUAACCAAACAUCAAUGUUACUGCAAGCUUAUAUCAAUCUACUUGGAAUCUGUAAUUUCAAAGCAUUGGAAACAACAACCAACAAAUUUCUUUUGGAGGAAAUGCAAUUGUCGAGUGCAAUAUAUUCAUAUCAUUGUUUUGUCCCCCCCUUGUUUCCUCGUUGCUGUAUGCCAAGACAGGUUAUUUUAUUAAUCAUUUUGGCUACUCCUUUUUUUUUUUAUAUAUCUUAAUUUAUUCACAAUAACUUGUGAUGUGAAAAUGUCAACGACAGCAGGCUUGUUCAU